AGAGGAUUCACUUUUCUGGCAAUUUCAGUAAAGGUUUCAUGGGUAGUUCUUGGUUUCAAGAUGAGCCACACUCAGAGCAGGUAGAAAAACCUGCAAGGGCUGUAGUGAAUGGGGAUAUGUGCAGCUGAAUUGAGGAAUCAGGAUGGUUUGGGUCUGGAGGGACUCUCAGAGGUGAAGAGGGAGUCAGACCCACUACCAGCAGAGUGAAAUGCUCCCAGUUUGCUCCCCUGUGCCUGUGCAGAUGAACAGACCCUCAUCCCUCAUCGCACAGCCCAGGAUGUUCCCAGCCCGUUCCUGGGAAAUGCUGGGGAGGGAGCCAGAGAAAGAGAAGAGGCUCGAUGGAGAGAACCUGCUCAGGGCCAAAGCUGAAGCAAGAGCACCAAUCUGGAAAUCCUGAGCUGCUCCAGCUGCCGGACCUGACCGCAGCCCUGUGUCACACCUUGAGCUGGAGCUCGCACCAUCGGGGAUAUUUUGCCCGGAUUUUGCUUCGCGCUGCGCUGGGUUUCCAGGCUAAACCCUCCCGCGAACUGCUGAUGGCAGAGUUUUCCAGAGAACCUGGCAAGAAGCAGCGUGAACGUGCUGAUGUGAAUUUGGACGUUAAUCUUCUGUAAAUCGAGUGGCCCGUGGCCGAGGGACAGCCGGGAGAAAUCUGCAUGACGUUUCCAUAGCUCGCUGCGCGGCCGCGCUAUUGAGAUGAGAUCUCAUGGAUGGAAUUCCGUGGACGCAGCUGCUGUAUCAGCGCUCGGGGAAUUCUGCUGUUCUGUUCAGAAGCGACCCAUAAAUAGCGGGGCCGCCCGCGCCGCCCGGCACAGCGGAACCACACGGAGAGGCACAAUGACCGAGCAGCAAAGUCCCCCCGAGCAGAUGGCGACUGGGGAGGGUGCUGGCGAGCGAGGUGGCAACUACAAGAUCACGAUCUACGAGCUGGAGAAUUUCCAGGGGAAAAGGUGUGAGCUGACAGAGGAGCUCCCCAACAUCACCGAGAAGGAGAUGGAGAAGGUGGGCUCCAUCCAGGUGGAGUCUGGCCCGUGGCUGGGCUUCGAGCGCCAGGCCUACGCUGGGGAGCAGUUUGUGCUGGAGAAGGGCGACUACCCCCGCUGGGACUCCUGGUCCAACAGCCACAGCAGCGACAGCCUGAUGUCCAUCCGGCCCCUCCAGAUUGACAGCGCUGACCACAAGAUCCACCUGUUUGAGAACGCGGGCUACACCGGGAGGAAGAUGGAGAUCGUGGAUGAUGAUGUCCCCAGCCUCUGGGCCCAUGGCUUCCAGGACCGUGUGGCCAGUGUCAAGGCCCUGAAUGGAACGUGGGUGGGCUACGAGUACCCCGGGUACCGGGGCCGCCAGCACGUCUUCGAGAAGGGCGAGUACCGGCACUGGAACGAGUGGGACGCCAACCAGCCCCUGAUCCAGUCGGUGCGCCGCGUGCGGGACCAGCAGUGGCACCAGCGGGGCUGCUUCGAGAACAGCUGAGGGACCCCCCGCCCCCGGGGCCGCUCGCGGGGUCCCCCGGCUGCUGCCGUGACCGUAGUGUUUUUUGUGCAAAAACCUCAAUAAAGCUCUGAGCUGGAG